AUGUUGGAAGAGGAGCGUGGCAGAGAGCUCUCUUUAAACUUAAAGAACUUACUCACUGAAAACAGUUCUGAGUCUAACGAAACGACUGCGCGGAUGCGCAAGAGGAGCAAGGACCGGAGGCUGUCUAUGUGUUUGACAGAUGAAGCAGAGCAAUACAUUGACGAAUUCAUCUCAAACAUUGAAGACACAGACUUCUCAUCGUUUGAGGACGAGAGGAGCGAGAGUAGCUCAAGCUUCGGCCUGACAAAAUCACAGACCACUCUUCCAAAGAGUGUUCCUGUUGAAAUGGACGGCGUUAUGCUUCCAUGGCUGCAAUGGGACACUCCAGACGACACUUGUGCUGCUCUAACACGACUUGACAUGGCCCCACACACGCCAAAUACAAAACUGAAUCUCUGGGAAUCCGGUCCAGCUCAGGAUGCAUCGAGUGGGCGAGAGACGACGAGCAUUGGUACCGUAAGUAGCAGAGGAAGUUGGAGCCCAUAUGAGUCAGCCACAAAGCCUGUGGAUCACGUAAGAAGACUGAAGAUAGAUGUGGGUGAGUAUCUGAAGCGACCUAACAGUGAGGAUAUUCUAAAUGAAACGUGGAAGCUAAGGCACAGAAUCAGUUCGGGAAGUCUUGUGUUAUCUUAG